UUUCUCGACUUGUAAAGCUUGAAAUCGUCUGAAACUUGAAGAUAUAAUAGUAAAAACACUUCUCAACAAUCGGCCAUUUUGUUUGUUUCCAUAUAUGGCAUGGAUUCGCUAAAGGAAGCCCAAAACUAAAAAGCACAGGGAACCCGCACGAAUGACAUACAAUUCUUUGAUAUGCAGGUGUGGGACAUGCAUUCCAGCUUCAAUAAUAUUUUGGUCCUCUAUUAUAUAUAGGAAAAGGGGGUUUGUGCUGGUACCCACCAACAAGAAUUAAAUUAUUGGGUCUCUGUUUUUUCCAAUUGUUUUUGCUUUGUCCGUUCUACACAGCAAAUAACGGCUAAAAGCAAAAUAAAAACUAAAUAUAGAAUAGAAUUAGACAUCUAAAACGUCGACGCUUGUAGCUGCUGUUUCGAAUUAUAUUUCCGGCAACACUGUGAAUCAAAACGACAACUUCCUUGCGUACAAUUAGCUUUGCGUGACGCCGGAGACGGGUGGGCUACCAGAGAAGAAACGACAUCAAAAUAUCUUAGACUAUAGAGCUACAGGACAUMAUAUAGUCCCACCGGUUUACCAUACCGGAAGUCGGCUCCAGACCUCYUUGGAGUCGGAAACGUAACUUGAACUCAAUAAAUCGAGCGGUGCAAGGGYACCAACGCCUCUUUACCAAGAGACACAGAGAGAUAACACGAACUUUGAAUCGAUCAAGAUGAAGCCAGCUUCAUUUCUCUUCACUUUUGUAGUGUUGUUAUGCACUAUAACAAAAGCUUAUUCCUCUACGAGGAAUGACACAUCAACUUCUUCUGAAAAGGUUGCGGCACAUGGGACAUCAUCAGCUUCCUCUACCGAAACUUCGGCGAAUGAAGCAUCAACAACUUCCUCUACCGAAACUUCGGCGAAUGAAGCAUCAACAACUUCCUCUACCAAAACUUCGGCGAAUGAAGCAUCAACAACUUCCUCUACCAAAACUUCGGCGAAUGAAGCAUCAACAACUUCCUCCACCGAAACUUCGGCAAAUGAAGCAUCAACAACUUCAACCUCUACCAAGACUCCAGAUAAAGGGACAUCAUCAGCUUCCUCUACCGAGACUCCAGCUAAUGAAACAUUAUCUAGAUCUGGUAAUAAUAAUGGAACCACCACAACUACUCCCGGCAAGAAAAGAAGUGCAGAGCCAUCAUCUUUGAUCCAAAAUGUCAAGGCAGUAGCUGUUUUACUCACAUUGAUGGGAUUGAUUUUGGUAUUUUAAAUUAAUGUUGAUUGAUUGAGAAAAUUCAAAAGAAAAAAACUGCCAAAUAUAYUUUUUUACUUAGCGCGCCAUCUUAAAUUUCAAUUUUUUUAAAGAAAUUAUUGAAUGUGCAUUUAUUGCAGGAAUCAAAAUAUUGGAAUUGUAUGAAUAAAGCCUUGGCUGCUAUUUGUAAAAUGUUAAUAUGCGAUUCCAAUCUUAAGCUUUCAAAAUGCUUUAUGGUUUUAAAUSAUGCCAUCAAUUUCAGAGGAACUCAUCAUCGUUUAUAGUAUUUGGAUAGUAUUUGGAUUAUAAUCAUAGAAAGCUUCUAAAAUAAUUUCUUGAGCCAUCUUGAAAGGUAGCCGUGCCUUAACGUCGAAGCGAGACGACCUAUCUAGUAGUGAGGCUGCAUAAUGGCAMCUUUCAAGAUGUCGCAGUGAGCUUAAAAUAAAAAACAAUAAAGGAGUCAGUUAGCGUGCAAUGAUCACAAAUAGGAAUGCGAUGCGAAUUGCUUUUUAGUCAAACUCCUUCUCUGAGCUUCUGAAAUUUCCUAUCAAUAAAAACAAAGUAAAAUCUAUGGGGGUUGCAUAAUUACUGCAAGCCUGCAAUUAUGCUUCGGCAUUAUUUUCUCCCUACCUUUGAUGAAGCAAAUGCAAUUAUUCCGUUUUUUUUAGUAAUAUUGUAGCGGCUACGGUCAUUCACUCAUAGCCAAACUAAUCCAAAAAAUGGAGUCAUAUUUUGGCACCAUUUGCUCAAUAAACGAUCUACCACGGGAACAACCAGCAUAUCAUCUCUUUCCACUAUUUUUGGAAUGCAAUGAAAACAUAAAGAAUGUUAAUGCGGACAUGGAAGUAGAGAGCUGACCAGAACAGUCAUCACUUUUGGCCUUUCACUUUGUGAAAAGGGACAACAUUGGCUGCCAUUAAUUUUGAAAACGAAGGUUCUUAUUACCACAAACAGAGAGCCUUCAAUGCCAUUAUACUUUACUUCUCACGGUCUUACUUGUUCUAGUACCACAGUUGUGAUCUUAAAAGGAAUACGUGGAGAGUUGUAGCAGUGCUAUUCACCAAAUAAAACCAACCAUUGCUUCGAUYCAAGGCUGGACUUUGAAAUUAUGACAGGAAGACCGAAGGAAGAGUAUUCUUAUUAUAAGCGUAAUGCAAACAAUAUGAUAAAAUGCAAUAAUGGUUUAUAGAAUCCAUUCAAUUAUAACCAAACAUGAUAAAAUCCUCAUCGUUGCGGCUGGAACUAGUAGUAGUAGUGAUAGGGUCAACAAUUGUACACAGCAGGGAACCAAUUUAGGGUUAGGGAGCAGGAACAUUAUCCGGUAACCUCCAUGAAAUCAUGCCAUCAAAUAUCUUGGAAAGUAAAAAUCCUAUUGCAACAAGAAAUAUUGCAAGUGGAUGCAGGGGUUCUAGUAAAGCCUAAAUGAUGAGAAAAAGUGUCGACAUAUGCACUCAGUGUCGA